GUUUAUGAGCACCUUGCGAAGCCGAAUUGAAUUUGAAGCCGUGUCUGAAAGGCAAACCAACUAGGGUUGCAGGCUUGUAGGUCAGAAGUCAGAUCACAAUUUGAUUUUUUGGGGAAAAAGGGUUGUUUCAGGGCCGCGAAGGCCUGAACUCUGAAUAAAACUCUUCUCCACAAAGCUAAUUCCGAGGUCUGAAGCGUGGAAAUCGUCCAGUAUAGAGAGAGCAAUGAUGACGAGUGACAGGAAAAUAGGGGUGGCCAUGGAUUUCUCAAAAGGAAGCAAGUUGGCUCUGAAAUGGGGCAUCGACAAUCUGCUAGACAAGGGCGAUUCCGUAUUCAUCAUCCAUGUCAGGCCUUCCCAGGGCGAUGAAUCCCGAAAUCUUCUCUGGUCUACCACUGGUUCACCGCUGAUCCCGCUGUCAGAGUUUGGUGAUAAGGAGGUGAUGAGCAAGUAUGAAGUGGAGACCGAUGCCGAGGUGUUGGAUCUGCUGGACACUGCUUGCAGACAGAAGCAGGUGACGGUGGUGGCAAAGCUAUAUUGGGGGGAUGCAAGAGAGAAGAUCUGCGAGUCCGUCGAGGAUUUGAAGCUGGACGUUUUGGUCAUGGGCAGCAGAGGCCUGGGUCUCAUUCAGAGGGUUUUGCUGGGGAGUGUGACCAGCUAUGUUACCACAAAUGCCGCUUGCCCUGUGACAAUUGUCAAAGACUCUGGCCCGUCCGGUUUCUGAGUUUGGAUUCUGCAAAUGGAAAUGGGAGUGUCAUCCAGCUAUGUGUCUCCAAUAACAGACAUAUGACUCUCUCUCUCUCUCUCUCUCUAUAUAUAUAUAUAUAUAUAUGUAUGUAUGUAUGUAUGUAUGUAUAUGAACAUAGGGGAUGCAUCAAGGGUGUGCUGAAGCAUCAUGUUUUAUGUAUGUAGUGUCAAGGGUGUCUCUUGAAUUGUUGAUGAUAAAACAACUACCUUUUAAUUCGUUCAUUUUAUCGAAUUGGACUAAAUAUAGGGUUUUGCUGGGGAGUGUGACCAGCUAUGUUACCACA